GAAGUGAACGUCACCAACAACAAUCGAAAUCAGCAUCAAAAUCGACUUUUGAUUUCGAUUCUCGAUAGCAAACAAAAUUUUGUAUUGAAUGGAUGGUGGAUGCUGGCUGUCGGCUGAGUGCUGUGCUGAAAAACAGACUUGAAAAAUAUCCUACUCUAUUUUUGUGUUUAUUUUGUCUAAUAAUCAUUUCAUAAAUCAUCAAGAUCGUCUGCUUGAAUUCAUAUUAGAAAAGAUGAGUGAACGCUACAAUAUCUACAGCCAGUUGGAGCAUCUGCAAUCCAAGUACAUUGGAACAGGACAUGCAGAUACGACAAAGUUCGAAUGGAUGGUGAACAUCCACAGGGACUCAUACUCGUCCUACAUGGGGCAUUGCGACAUGCUCAAUUUCUUCGCCAUAUCGGAAAACGAAGCCAAAGCCAGGGUCAGGUUCAACCUGAUGGAGAAGAUGCUGCAGCCGUGUGGACCACCACCAGAAAAGCCUGAAGAUUAAACAACUCUUAUAAAUGUGAAUUGACAUUUUUACUUAUCAUACCAAGCAAGUGGGGAAAGUGAUGAACGAUCCAGGAUAUACCUUGUUCCGUAAAACCAGUGCGAAUUUUAUGCUUGUGUCUCUGUCUUCUUAAAUACAUGUGGGUUUUUUUCAAGUAUUCAUUCAUUCAUUAUUAUAAAAUUUUGUUUUAAUAAAA